AUGGUACGGAAGGACCGGAUUAGGUUGUUGUUCCAUAAACAUGUACAUUCAAACGCCAAGCGAUCGAUUUCUUCAACGGAACCAGCCGAGAAACAACUCCCCUCUUUACCUCCAGCACCUCCCAUCCCAUCCCCUCGAAUCCCCAUCGAAAUCAUCUUUCAAAUCGUCCGAUACUGCUCUUCCACACCCGACACACUCUGCAAGCUCGCUUUAGUCAAUCAUGAAAUAUCCGAACUAGCCUUGAGAUUACUUUGGAAGGAUCUAUCUUUGGGUUUGAGCUCGAAACAUCCUUUUGGUCAUACACCUCGAUUGGGCAGUUCGAGACGGUAUGAACAUUCGAGGAAUUUGACCAAAGUCAUGAAUUGUUAUUUCACAAAUUACAAUUAUCUCACGCGAUUAUCUCUCAUACCUCCUCAUCCCCAUCGUUAUUCCAAUGUUACAUACGGUUAUGAUAAUCUCCAAACUGUCAAAUUCCAUUUGGGUACACUUAAGGGAAUUGGAGGUAAGGGAGGAUGGUCAGAGAGAAAAUCAACUUCUGAAGAUAUAAUUUCCAAAAAUUACGCAAAGAAAUUACCGACGAAUUUCAACAAGUUGAUAUGGGUCGGUAUACCUGAACCGUACUAUAAGGAUUGUUGGUACGCUUCAUGGGAUGAAAGUGGAUUCAGACCUUAUAUCAACGAGAGUAAGAGCGACAGGUGUAGGGGUGGCCCAUCAAAAGUGAUUUUCCAACUAGAUGAAAUUUAUACCGAUUCGAUGAUUACAUUCGUUAAAGAAACUUUCCUCAGAGCUAGGUUCCCCAAAGUCGAAGAAUUAGUCAUAAUGUUCAUACCUAGGAAAAUCAUCGUCACCUAUAAGCAAGGACCUGACAAAACGUAUCUUCCAAGAUUCUCUCCCAGGCAAGAUUCAGUGUCAUUCAUCCUUGAUCUGGUCAACCUCUUGAACGACCUUGACGUCCGAUAUCCAAAUAUGAAGAUUACGUUGGUAGAUGCAAAUUGUCUAGAUGGACUUUGGUUAGGGAUUAUGAACGAUGUAAACAUAACGAUCGAUCGAAGGACGAAAGAGAGGAUCUUAGCUGGACGAAUGAACUACCAAGGAAUCUACGGUACUGCCACUACCACUGAUCGUCCCAAGAUAACUGAAGAAGAGUUUGAGAAGAUUAUGAAUGAUUAUUUCGAGAGUAGAUUGAUGAGACAGGCUAAAAGGUCGGGUAUGAAGGUGAUGAUGGAUGCGGGUGAAAUUGUUCAGGAUGAUGCGAAGAUUGCGAAUAUAAAGAUUGAGAGAAAGCAGAAAUUGAUGAGUAUGAGAGAAUAUGUAAAGGCGAGUAGGGAUUGGGAAGAUGAGCUGGAUAUGGAAGAUGUUAAAGCUUAUUUGUAG